AUGACUCUCUUCACCACCAAACCCCCAGCAGCCCGAACCACCUACGCAAUCCCCCAACUCGAGGGCGAGCGCAUCACCAUCCCAGGAAGUAAAGGCACAUUCCGGAUCCUCGCAUCCUCAAAGCAAACAAAUGGCCUCAUGGCCGUUUUCCAGAGCGGGGCCGUGCUCUCCGACGCCCCCGGGUUCCAUUACCACAACCGCGCGCACGACGUGUUCCUUGUCACGAAGGGGUUCCUGAAGCUCUGGAACGGCGAUAAGUGUCGUCUGAUGGGGCCCGGGGAUUUUGCUUAUGUUCCGCCGGGCAUAAUCCACAACCCCGAAAUGCUGGGCCCGCACACGGAAAUCUUUGGGCUGAUUACACCAGGCGACUGGGUUGAUUUCUUCCGCUACAUCUCAGAGCCGUACGAAGGGGUUCUGGUCCCUGAGUCUGAUAACCGCGAUCUAAAGUCGCUUUUGAUUCCCAAGGUCAUGGCCGCGAAGGGGAAGUUUGAUGUUGUGUUCCAGCCUGAGUAUGUCCCGCCGGAGCUAGGUGAGUGGGACGAGGACGACGAGAGGCUACCAAGUGGUGGAGGAGGAGGAAACGGACCGGUGCCGUUCUUCCUUAAGGCAAAUACGGGUCCGCGCUGGAUGCUCGGGGGAGUUCUUUCGAGGCCAUUUGUUACGACGGCGCAGAGUGGGGGUGUUUGUGCGAUUUCGAGUAUUGAGUCUUCGCAAGUUUAUGGUGCGGAUGCUGCUUUGGCGGUGCUAUCGCGGUUUAUGACAUUCCGGAGUGUGGAUCAUUGUUUAGCUGUGCUGGAGGGGACGUUGAUUGUGCAGCUGAGAGAGGGAGGAGGUGCUGUCAAGGAGGAGGUGUUCCGCGAGGGCGAGACGGUGGUUAUCCCCGCUGGACAGGCGUUUGCACUGCAGUUCCGUAGUAGGUAUGUGCGGGUUUGGUCGUUUACGGAUGGAGAUGGCAUUGAGGCGUUGGUACAGCGGGCUGGGAGCGAGCUUGAAGGUGUAGUAUUGCCGGAGAAGGAGGAAUUGCAGGGCGCAGACGAGGAAGUUGUCAGGAAAGCAGCGAGAGAAUUGUCUGUUGAUCAAUCCAAUUCAUUAUCUCGUCUGAUGAUCGCAGAUGGAUCAUGCCACGUCCCGAGGAGCCCCCUCGCUCAAAGCGACCUCGCGCUGCCCAGGCCUGCGACAGGUGCAGGUCCAAGAAGUACAAGUGCGAUGAGCGGUAUCCAUGCUCCCAUUGCAAGAGACUUGGAGAAGAAGAUCGAAGAACUCAGCUCCAAACUCCAGGCAGCUGAAUCCAAAUUCUCGCCCCGCGAACUGGGGCCUCCAAAUAUCAACGCAACGCCAAACUCGAUGCCCGCUGACAGACCAACACUGACCCCAACAUCAAGACAAGAGCCAGAAGAGCCAGCACCUUACGCCGCCGAAGCAGAAGGCGAGGAAACCAGUGACCCCGUCGACGACGAAAUCUCCGAGCUAAACCACCAUACCAACGGCAUCGAGUUCCACGGAAGCACUUCAUCCGUCGCCUUUCUCGGGCAUCUGCAAAAAGCACGAGAUCCACAGCCAGAGGCCCAAUGGUCCAGCCGCCCUCGAGCACACGGAUACUCUAUAGUCUCGACGCUGCACAAUGCCAGUUUCUCUCCGACGACCAAUGCGCCGCAAUCGCUGGCCGCGGUGCAUGAACACAACUACUACUUCGAACAGGCGCACGUCUUUAUGAGCGGGUACUUCGAGAACAUCCACUUCAUCCACCCUUUUAUCGACAAGGAAGACUUUUACCUGCGCGCACACGACCUCUGGAUGCGACGUACCCCAACCCCGGACCCAGGUUUCAUUGCGCUCUACCUGAGCGUUCUGUCCUUUGGCGCGCUUCUCCGCGUCUGGGACGAAGCUCAACUGGGCGGGUUGACGCGGUUUGAAUGGAGCCGGAAGCUCUUUGGCGAGGCACAGGUGUAUUUGAACUACUUGCACUUUCCGAACAAUCUAGACGCAGUGCAGUGCUGGUACCUCAUGGCCAAGAUAUGCCAGAACGAGCUCAACCCUAACUUGGCAUACAUGUACCUCGGCCUCGCCGUCCGCACUUCUCUCGCCGCCGGCUUCAAUCGCAACGUGCGACACUCCAACGAUCCGCGGUCAGAAUGGAUUUCUAAAACCUGGUGGGGCCUAUACUCGCUAGAAAUCGAAAUGUCCUUCUCCCUCGGCCGCCCCGACACCCUAGGUCUAGAUGACUACCACAACCGCCCGCUCCCCCCGCGCGACACCUCACAAUACGCCAUUAUCCCGUGGAUGGUGGACUUUGCGCGCAUCACGCGCAAGGUCUCCGUGCAGAUCUACCACCGGCGUCUAACGCUGAAGGAGAAACUGGCUGCUGCGCUGAGUAUUGAGGCUGAAAUGGAUGCUUGGGUUGCGCAGUUGCCUGGUUGGAUUCGACCGGGGUUUAUCAGCACCGGAAGUGGUGGAGGUGCAGGUGCAGGGAUCGGAAGGAAUGAUCUUAAAGAUCCAAAAUGGGCGAGGAGGCAAAGGCUUGUUUUGGGUAUCCGAUACUACAACGUCAAAACACUUCUAUUCAGACCCUUCCUACGGCACUCCACAGCUGUACCCGGAGGACUCCAGUCCAAAUCCAAACCAGGACAAAAGCCAGAGAAACAGUCUGACACCUCGGACACGAACCCACAGACAGAAAUAGACACAACCUCCCAACUCUCCGAAACAAUAACCAAAUGCCUCAACGCAGCGCAGGAAACCAUUUCCGUUAUCCAUGAUAUAUACCGCGUGCAUACAUUCUUUCGGUGCUGGUGGUACAACACAACCUACGUAACAUUCGCAACAUCAACCCUCCUCCUCCCUCUCUCACUAUCCCACUCUAUACCACCAACAUCAACAGCAGCAGCAACAGCAGCAACACCAAUUGCAAAAGCAGACGCAGAAAGCAUAACCAGCUCCAUCGAAAAAGCAAUCGAGAUCCUCGAAGCAACAGACGAGAGCGUCGUCACGCGGAAAUGCGCGGAGAUCAUCCGGUAUUAUCUGCGGGAGUUUCAGGCGAGAAAUGCAGAUAGAGAUGCGGAUGCUUGUGGGCCUGGUACUGGCUCUGUUGGUACUGGUGCCGGUGGUGGAGAAGAGGGGAUUGGAAUGGGGUGGGUUGGUGUUGGUGCUGGUGCUGGUGCCGAGGUUGGGGAUGGGUUUGGGUUUACUGGUGCCCCUGGUGAAGGAGGGGAGUUUGCUGUCCCGGACUGGGCGUAUGGGUUUGGAUUCCCCGAUUACUCGUUUGAAGGGAUUGCGCGGUUCUUUGAUGAUUUGGGUGGGCUGCCGAUUUUGGAUGAUGCUUAG